AUGAGCACAACAGUAUACCUCACUGGUAUCACAAUUCAAUUCCCCGAUGGCGUGCAGCCUGAGUUGCCUGACAAUGCACAACUCUACCUCUCUGUCUUGGUGAAUGGAGACGAAAUCAAGAAGACUGGAUACUGCAUGAAAACUGCAGUGUCAUCCUGGAAGCUGACUGGGGCAAUCAAACUGUCCUCUGAAGCCCUGAACUGCAUGCUGGUAGUAUCAUUCAAGGUUCCAGAUGAUGAAAGCAUGCAGUUGGGCUUCAUGGAACUCAGUGGUGAUGAACUACUGGCAAAGGCUUUGGAUGAAGGCCAACCCUUUGCUAAAGCAUUCACAAUGCUGGAGGAUGGUCCACAUUGUGCUAUUUCAGCAUCAUGCUUUAUUGUUCCUCCAGAUGGGUCACACUUUUUGGCUGAGAUCACUGGCCAAGAGCUUGAAGAUCUAACAAGGCAGAAUCUUGAUGAGAUGUAUGCAGCUGCCAUGCAGGCUGUGGCUGAUGCUGAACCUGCUGCAAAACCUUUAAUUCUGUUACAUUUUGUGCAGAUAUUCUUCAACUUGUACAAGAAGUCUCAAAGUAAAGAUGAUCUAUCCAGAGCUAUCUCUUUACACUAUGAUUUUGUCAACACUGUCUCAAAGGAUGAUGCAAACUGGGAGACAGCUGUGCACAAUCUUGCAAAGCUUCUUCUCAACCACAUAAAGCAAUUUCCAACAGCUUCAGAUAUUGGCAAAUCUAUCUCAAUGCUCCAUGAUGUUCUGCACAUCAUUCCUGAUAACAAUCCAUAUAAACAUCAACCUUCAGACGGCAAUCUUCUUGCAUAA